GAUUGUUGUCAUAUUCAGAAUUAUGAGGUUAAAAAUAUUUCAUCGUGUGUUAACAAUACUGUACUAAUUCGUAUUUCGAGUGAAGUGAUACCUUUUAUUGAUAGUAGUGUUGUUGAAUAUUUGUUAUUUAUCAAAAUGGGAAAAUUGAACGCCGCGUUAUUACGUUAUUUAACGUAUGAAGACAUUGCAAUUUUAGAGGGAGUUGAAUUGGGUAUGAGAAACCAUGAAUUAGUUUCAGCCUCAUUAGCUGCUUCUUUAGCUAAACUGCAAUGUGGAGGAACUCAUAAGAUUCUGAAAGAAUUAUGCAAACACCGAUUAUUGGCUUAUGAGAGAGGAAAGAAAUUUGAUGGCUAUCGUCUUACCAACGACGGAUAUGAUUAUUUAGCACUCCAUAAAUUAACAAAAAAGAAUGUUAUUGCCUCAUUCGGUAAUCAAAUUGGUGUGGGUAAGGAGAGUAAUAUUUACCUUGUAGCAAAUGAAGAAGGAGAUGAAUUUUGCUUAAAACUGCACAGACUAGGGAGAGUGUGCUUUCGAAAGGUAACUGAAAAGAGAGAUUAUCAUAAGCAUGCUAAAUCGCUCUCAUGGUUGUAUCUAUCGAAACUAUCAGCAACUAAAGAAUUUGCAUAUAUGAAGGCUUUAUUUGAUGAAGGUUUUCCAGUGCCAAGACCUAUCUCAUUUAAUAGACAUUGUGUUGUUAUGGAGCUAGUUCAAGGAACACUAUUGAAUAACAUCUUGGAAUUGAAAAAUGUUGAGCAUGUUUAUGAACAGUUGAUAGAAAUCAUUAUGCGAUUUGCUAGCUCUGGUUUAAUACAUGGAGAUUUUAAUGAAUUCAAUAUAAUGAUUACAGAAGAAGAAAAUGCAGUUAUCAUAGAUUUUCCCCAAAUGCUGUCUACUUCUCACCCUGAUGCUGAAAUGUAUUUCAAUAGAGAUGUAAACUGCAUCAUAACUUUCUUCAAGAGGAGGUUUGGUUAUGAAAGUGAAAUUUACCCUAAAUUCAGUGAUAUAGACCGUACAGGUUCUCUUGAUGCUAAAGUACACUGCACCGGAUUCACUCGUGAAAUGGCCAAGCAAUUUGAUAUUGAAACAGGAAUAGAAAAAGAAGAAUCAAGUGAUGACGAAUUUGAUGAUAAAAAUAUUGAUGAAAAGCUGUCAAAUAUUCAUUCGGAACAAUUUAAAGAACAGAAAAUAUGUGAAGAAUUUGAAAAAAUUGAUUUUAAAUCUGAAUCUAUAUCCCACUUCUAUGAUGAGAAGGAAAAAGAUGUAUUAUCUUCACAUGGAGCUAUUUCUUCAGAUUACACUGAAUCUGAAUCAGAAACUUGUUCUGAUAAUAAUUCUGUGACCUCAGAUGUGAAGGCUCGUAGGGCUAAAAUAAAAAAACAAUUGAGAAGAAAGCAGAAAAAAGAAGCACAAAGGCAAUGUUAUGCUAAAGGAGAAGCCAGUGCUGUCAGAAGAACCAGGAAACAGAAUAUCAACCAUAUAAAAGACAGUACAAAAUUCUGGAAUAUGUAAAAAAAUAUUUUUUUGUGAAUGAAUUGAAUAGUUAUGAAUUGAUAUAUGAUAGAUAUUUAACUAUAAUUAUUUUCCUACCAAUAAAAUUUGUUAAGUUUGUAA